UAUCAAUCUAAUCAAAAUCAAAACAAAGUCUAAUUAGAUUAUAUUCUACGAGAGUAUUACUAACACUAAGAGUAUUACCAUACUAACACAAGCCCAAAAAUUUGUUACUUUACCACCUUAGAUUACGGUAUCAAGACGCCAUGCGAAGAGGAACGAAAUCGUUGAUAAGGUGCAGGAAGGUACUAUCUAGAAGGUACCUUUAAAAACAAGCACUGCAGUUCUCCGCUCUCAGUAUCGCACCGGCCUCGUUUUGACUAAGACUGGGAAAUUAUCGCAAGCACAACAGAUCCAUCAUGCAUUUCGGAGUCUUGGGAAGUGGCAUCAUUGGCCUCACUACAGCACUAGAGCUGCAGAAGGAGUUUCCCACGGCAAGGGUAUCGGUCAUAGCAGACCGGUUCAACGAGGACACCGUGAGCUAUGUGGCGGCGGGUAUCUUCCGGCCGGGCACCAGUUUCAUGGGCCCCACCCAGGAAAUUACGCAACAGUGGAUGACAGAUGCAUUCAACUACUGGGACGACCUCCGCCGCUCCAAGGAAGCUCCGUUGGCAGGCGUGUGCCAGCUUUCCGGCUACAUCUACUCCCGUACUUCCCCUUCAAUCGUGCGGAAUCACUUUAUAGAGAAGCUGUUGCCCGUUUAUCGACGCGCCACAGAGGAAGAGCUGAAGCUGUGCCAGGGCGGCUGGAAGUACGGGUCCUUCUUUACCACUUGCCUAACGGAGAGUCGUCUUUUCCUGCCAUAUGCCACCAAAAAGUUCCUGGAAAACGGUGGUGAAGUAGUCCGUCAGCAUGUUAGCCACUUUUUCGAGGUGCCCAAGGGCUACGAUGUCCUGCUAAACUGCACUGGUAUGGGAGCCAAGGAACUGUGUAGCGACCAACAUCUGGUGCCCAUUCGUGGUCAGGUGCUUAAAGUGCGGGCGCCGUGGGUGAAGACCGCCUUCUAUGGCGACUAUGACACCUAUGUUCUGCCCGGUUUCGAGACAGUCACCCUGGGCGGAUGUCGGCAGUUCGAUAGCUAUAACACGGAAUGGUGCAAGUACGAUAGCAUGGCCAUUCGGGAGCGUUGCUAUGACCUCCUGCCCAGCCUGCGAAAGGCGGAGAUUGUGCGUGAGUGUGUGGGUCUGCGUCCACACCGUUCGGUGGUUCGUGUGGAGCCGGAGCUGCUUACAAACUCGGAGGGGCGGCGCCUCAAGGUGGUUCACAACUACGGGCACGGCGGCUAUGGUGUGACCACUGCACCCGGCACGGCCAAAUACGCCGUGGGCUUGGUUCGCGAUCUCCUGGCCGGGAAUAGCAAGCUGUAGGGGUGAUAAAUCAAUUGUUUGUUAUUGGUCAUUAAACUUUGUUAUAACCAUUAGGGUAAGAUGUUUGGCCCUCUUUUGACUUUGGUUUAUGGGAUGCACUAAACCGAUUUACUGAUAUUACUUAUCGGCUGAUUGUGUCCUUGCAUUUAUGAACUUCAUACCUUUUUCAAACUGCGCGCGUUGGAAGUGUUGGAAAACUCCCAAAUAAAACUAGUGCGCAUGUCCUGGCCAUGAAUGGAAAGCUCGACGGGGAUUCGCCGUGAAAGCUACGCCCACACUCGUUUUUUGAACAGGCAACCCAGGCACGGGGACCCCAUCGAUUUUCACCAGCAGAAGCAGAAGCAGCAGCAGCAGUUAGCAGGGAAACUGUGUGGGCAGUCAGUCAGGUUGAAACAGUUAAAUUAUGAAAACGUAUACAAAACUUGCCCGUUAACUUCGCCGCAGUAGCCAAUUCGCCGCCUGAGGAAAAAUUCUGUGUGUGUCCUUUGGAGUCGACGUGUCGAAGCGAACGAACGCUGAAAAAAAGAGGUGAAACAGUUGCAGGCGUCGCAUUGCAUCCGCUGAAUAAUUGAGACACACACCAGCCACACACCCAGGCACUCACACACUCGUUAGCCGAGCGGGACGAGCGGGGGCGUGAAUAAUUGAUUGGGUAAUCGUAAACAAAAGGCAACGCGGCGUAUGCCAGUCCAGUGCCAAGGCUGAUUCGAGUCGAAAGGAGCUGCUUUCUUUGCGAUUAUCGAUUGGUGUGUGUGUGUGUAUGUGUGCGGGCAACAACAACAGAGCACCCACACUUCCUUGAGGGGAUUCGCCCACGUCAACAACAGCACGAUCUUUGGCCCAUUGAGCAGCUGCAAAUAAACCAGCAGUAGCAGCAAAAGGAUCCGCAACUGCAACACCAGCAGGAGUAGCGCAGACAAACCGCAGCAACCUCAAGACCGA